AUGCCCGCCGACAUGUCUAUGGUCCCCUAUAAUGGGGGCAACCUCGAUGUUGUUUUGCGGCACAAUGACUCGGUGGUUGUCUUUGACCAUGAUUCUCAACAGCUCGUUCUCCGCAAUACGUCGGACGAAGACAUUGACAAUAUGGAGCUAGCCAACUGCCCAUUCUGCCAUCGUGCAAUGCGCGAUAAUAGUAGAGAACGACAUUGCGGGGAUACUGAACCUGAAGGCGAAUUCAUUAACCCAAACUACUUUCACAUGCUCAACAAUAGCCUCCCCAGCUCCGCGACAUCUUCGUCUCCUCCUUCUCCACGCCAUCGCCUUGUUCAGCCCGCGCUCCCUCGUGGGCCUAUCAAUAACAGGCCCGUCCAACCUGCCUCAUCGCCACAGCCGUCACCACAGGGAAUCUCCUCUGCGGCGUUCAGUCCAGAUUACUUCAAGAGAUUCUUUGUGGAGGAACGAGUGUUAGGCAAAGGUGGAAAAGGGGUGGUGCUACUAGUGAAGCAUGUCCUGGAUAGCGUUUCCCUUGGUCAUUAUGCCUGCAAGCGCGUCCCUGUUGGUGACGAUCAUGAGUGGCUGGAAAAGGUUCUGGGCGAAGUGCAGCUGUUGCAGCAUCUCUCGCAUCAGAAUCUUGUUUCAUACCGUCAUGUCUGGCUGGAAAAUGCGAAGAUAACUACCUUCGGCCCGAGCGUGCCUUGCGCAUUUAUUCUACAGCAAUACUGCAAUGCCGGUGAUUUGCAUGAUUACAUCUGUGGCUCUGUUCAAACCUCCACCACUGCGCAGCAAUUGAAGGACCGUCUUCGCCGCAAAUCUAAAGGCGAACCGGAGCCUCGAACUAAACUUGGAGGAGCUCGCACGCUUCAACUAGAUGAAAUCUAUUCUUUCUUCCGUGAUAUCACCUCUGGACUCCGUUAUCUUCACGCCAAUGGAUACAUCCAUCGUGACCUGAAACCACACAACUGCCUGCUCCACGAGACCGGUGAUGGCAUUAGGGUUUUGGUCAGUGAUUUCGGUGAGGUGCAGUCUCAAAAUGCAAUGCGCAAGUCGACUGGUGCAACCGGUACUCUUUCAUAUUGUGCACCCGAAGUCCUUCGCCAAGAAUAUCCUGACGGACCAUUUGGCAAUUUUACGUUCAAGUCUGAUAUUUUCUCCCUCGGAAUGAUCCUUUACUUUCUAUGCUUUGCAGCUCUCCCAUACGCGAAUGCCGACAUCAUAAACGAAGAAAAAGAGGACUUGGAUCAGCUCCGUGCAGAGAUCACCAGCUGGGCUGGAUUUGACCACGCACGAGCUAUCCGCUCCGACCUCCCUGAAAAGCUGUAUAAAUUCCUAGAGCGCUUACUCUCGGUUGAUCCCGACCGACGGCCCUCAGCUGACGACGUGUUAAAUGGUAUCCAAGUCGGUGCCAAUUCAAAUGAAAAGUUCCGCUUCAGGAAAGCCAGCUCGGGGAACCCCGACCUGCCUGGGGCUCGAAUCCGCCCAUUGGAUAGCCAGCAGCCAUCAGUAGAGCGAGCACUCUCUCCCACCAAAAAUCUGCGCCGAAACCCAACAUCUUUCCGGCGUGACUCGAAGUCUGACUCCAGUCAUUUUCGAAGCAAUACAGCGCCUGUGUCUGAUGCCAGUCCAGAGGAGGGUCCUUCGGUUAGCCCAGAUCAAGAAAUGAUCAUUCGGCAUCGCUACUCUACUCCAUCACCGUCAUCUCCAGCCCGACCUCCUCACGAAUCAUCACCGCUCCUCGAUCAGCAGCCCCAGCCUCAACCAAUCCUGCAACGUCAUCUUCUCCCACCCCCACCGAGCCGCUUCCCUGUCCUUAAUUCCUUAGCAUCUUUGAACCCAUUCCAAUCCUCGCCUGUCUUACAGCUGACCAUCUUCCUCGUCAAGAUCAUAUCCCUUGUUCAUCCAUGCUCACCGCUGGCCGUCAAGCCCUGGAUCCUUUACCCUCUCCUCCUCUCUGCAGCAUUUACAUUAAGAGCCCACAGCAUUCAAAGCCAGACCUUUGCCGUCUUUGUGCACCUGCUGGUCGUCGGGCUGAGUUUCCGUCUAGAUGCCCUAUGUAUCAGGCGUAGAGACUCGGAGAUGAACUUGUGA